AAUUUUACAUCAGGAAUCACUUAUCUGCCGAAGUGAGCAUUCCACAUGAGAUACACUGCUGCUGCUGCGCCCGCCAGUUGGCUUGUUGCUCUCGCGCUUACCAGACGUCCCCUCUCAAGCCUGGCGGCCUUCAUCCCGUCAUCCAAAUUUGGAGCGGAAAGGCGUGCCACAGUCUGUUAUCCGUUUAGGAGCUGACUGCAACACCACCCGUCAUCCGUUUAGGAGCGGGUGCAUACCCAUUAGUGGGGGUUUUGGGGCUUACGGCCCUGUUGAUGAUAUCUUGCCUCCGUACUCUGAGGCGGCCAUGAUGUCGUCUUCUGAGCACGACUCUCGCUUGUCGGACGUGGAGGACGGCUCAGGACAUGCUAGUUCACACUCGAAGACGCACUCCUCCCGCAAGCAUUCCAGCAAGGGCCCCCGCACCUCGCAUCGGGAUAGUUCUCGAAGUGUUCGACGGCACGAAUAUGUUGGCAAGCGCAGUGUUGGUGAGUCGGGGAAGGCGGCCAAUGAUGCUCACUCUGCUUGCUUCCCAUCUACUUCACGGGCUGCCGGCCAUCGUGAUGCUUCCCCUGUCCCACCCUGGAAUAUGGUUCUGGACGCUAUUGCUGAAUUACGGAGUGAAGUUAACGAGUUGAAAGAAGAUAAAGUGUGGUGUUGGUGGUGGCGCUAACGGCGCACAUAGCAGUGUAAACACCGACGCACCUCCCAGUGUAAACAACAGCCGGGCGGUGCUUACUCCCGCCCCUAUCUCGCCCGCCACAUUCUCUGGGUUUGCUGCCGAUGUACCUUACGUCUCUGGUGAUGACGAUGACAAGGAUUCAGUGCAUGAUCCACAGUCAGUAAGUGUCCUUCAGCGGUGUGCCGAGGUCUAUGGUCCCGUGGAUGCACUUGGGGCCGACAUUGAUGGGCGGGUGGCUGGCAUGGUGAAUCAUGUUUUUGACCACGGGCUGAGAGAGGAAGAGUACAAGGAAAUUCUAGAGGAUGACGCUAUCAAGAGACCCAGUAAUUGUGUAGCGUUGUCUCCAGUGGAAUGUAACGCUCAGAUCUUGGAUGCACUUAAACCUGACGCCAAGAAAACAGACCACCGUAUGAAGGGCGUUGGUAAGGACAUUGUCAUGGCAGCCACUAUUUUGACAAAGUCUCUCACAGUGUUGGACAGGUUUGCUCAGACUGGACAUCCACAAGUUGCCCAGGAAGUUGCUCUGCUUAAUGGUGCCCUCGGCCUGCUGGGGAAUGCUCACCAUAAAAAUAACCUGACGCGCCGGUUUAUCAUCAAAAGAGAAAUCAAUCAGAAAUAUGCACACCUGUGUUCCGACAAGGUCCCCAUGACUCGAUUCCUGUUUGGCGAUGACGUCUCUCAAGCAGCAAAACACAUUGAGGAGGCGGAAAAAUUGAAGACAAAGUUCACCAACAAGAAACAGCUGCCCUCUACAUCAAGAUUUGCUGGAUGGAAGUCCAGAGGCUCACAAGGUAUCCCUGCUUACAAGGGGUUUGCCUCCAGGUUCCAGCCUUACGGGCAGCAUAUGUAUGGCCACAAGGGUGAACACCGGCAGUCUUCCCUUCGCCUGGGCUCGGAUCCAAAAAACUACCGCGGCCGGGGUCGCCCCAUGCCCCGGCGGUAAAUGUGAUGCCUUCAGAAACUUCGGGCAGAGGUGGCGCGGGGAUGGUUGAUUGUGCCACUGUGGCCAUCCCAACCAUGGAUGAGUGUGCUUCUCAGGCUGCUCAUCAGGGAGCCACUUCUGUUACCGCGACGGAGGUACCUACUGC